AUGAACGAGCAUCUUUCGGAGCGAAUCAGUAGGUCCAGACGCGGCGGCAAGGCCGACUGUCAGCAGCCUACUGGCCAGGUCGAGGUCUUACUGCUGCCGCCAAAGCUCAAUCCGCGCAUCCGCGAGUAUUUUGAAGGCCCGCCAGUCGCCGGCGGAGCUUGGCUUCGUCGCCCCGAGUUCCCAACCUCAGAGGAAAUUCUGGACUACGACGGUAGCAGUUCUUCUUCAUCAUCUGAUAACACCGACUCGGCAUCCUCUGUAGUCGAAAUAUCCGCAAACAAGCCGAUCGGUGCGUUCGAGGACAUCGAAGACUACCUCUCAACCCAGUAUGAGCUCCUCCGCGAGGACGCCAUCAAAGGCCUGCGGGAUGCCGUGGCCAGAGUUCGCAUCACCCCUCAGGCUGCAGAAGACGCGUUUUCUGGCCAGGUCGGUAUCUACGAGAAGAUACACAUCUGUGGUGUCACCCUUUCCACUCGAGGUUUCGCUGUACGAGCCACUUUCAGUCUUGUCCGCACCGGCAAACAGAUCAUCUGGGAGCAAUCGAAGCGCCUCAUCACUGGUAGCUUGGUGGUACUUACCCCGGCCAGUGACAUGUUCAACAGCAAGGCCAUCGUUGCCACCAUCGCCGCAAGACCACUAGCUGGCGUGCAACAGAACCCACCGGAGAUUGACUUGUUCUUUUCUCGUGCCGACCAGAUCGAGAUUGACCCAGCUCAAGAAUACGUCAUGGUCGAAGAUAGAUCAUCAUUUUACGAAGCAGCUCGGCCAACACUACUCGCUCUGCAGCAUAUGAUGAAGGAGAGCUUUCCGCUGUCAGAGCAUUUGGUCGACGUCAAGGGCCAGGUUGACGUACCCAAGUUCAUUCGAGAUAACCCACAGAUGGACUUGACGUCUGCUCUGAUCAACAACAAGCAUGAAACGUACGAGAACGUCGACGUCUUGAGACAGUGGCCACUGCAGCCACAGUCUGAGCUUGAUGCCUCGCAGUUGAAGGCACUUCACCGCAUCUUGACCAAGCGCCUUGCUAUCGUUCAAGGACCCCCGGGCACUGGCAAGACUCAUGUCUCCGUUCGAGCCAUCGAGAUUAUGAUACGAAACCGCCGGCCUGACGAUGGACCGAUCAUUAUUGCUUGCCAGACCAAUCAUGCGAUUGACCAAAUCCUUCGUCACAUUGCCCAAUUCGAACCCGAGUUCGUGCGUCUCGGCGGCAGAAGCAAGGAUAAGGAGGUCAUCAAGAAGCGUACCUUGUACGAAGUCCGGAACCUGACCGCGGAGAGCCCACCUGCUGGCUGUAUGUUUGGGAUGGCCAGGAAGAAGAUGGCGGACAUGGAGAAAGAAUUCGCACUUGUCCUGACGCCGCUCAUGCCAAAUCAGAAGCCUCUCGAUCAUCGGACCCUGGAGAACUUCAAACUCCUGACCACACCUCAGGCUGACUCCUUGGAAUCUGGUGCUUCUCAAUGGGUUCAAGACAAGAAGUCCAACCCUUACGAGGCUCGAUCGCCGUUUCUGAUCUGGCUUGGUGACAAGUUGGUUCCGGUCCCUGCCAAACAAGAGCGAGAGGAGUUCGGUUUUGACUUUGAAGAGGUGGAUUUGGAGUUUGAGCAAAUCAAAGAGACGGAAGCGGAGAACGCAAAGGAUGACGAAGAGUUCGAGCACCUCACCGGCACCUACCUUCCCCUUGCCGACAACUUCACUUGUCGCCCAGUCCCCGGCAGUGACACCAAGAUCAAGGACUUGUUGAAGGACAAGGAUAUGUGGAAGAUUCCUGAAGCGAAGCGACCAAGCAUCUAUCGCUACCUGCAGGCUGAACUCAAGAAGCAAAUCACCACCAGCGUCCGCGACAUCAGCAAGCGGUACAACGAGCAAGUUGAGAAGCGCCGCAUCGGCUACUGGGAGAGAGAUGAGAACGUUCUCAAGCGGCAGAGAGUCAUCGGCAUGACGACCACUGGCUUUAGCAAGUACCGUGCGUUGAUCUCAGCUUUGCAACCCAAGACCAUCCUGAUUGAGGAAGCCGCCGAGACAUUGGAGAGUCCUGUUGCCGUGGCUUGCAUACCAUCGCUCCAAAACCUCGUGCUCGUCGGCGAUCACCAGCAGCUUCGUCCGCACACCCAGGUCAGAGUCCACGAGGGCGAGCCGUACUACCUCAACGUGUCUCUGUUCGAGCGGCUCGUCAACAACAACGUCGAAUUCGAUACGCUGAUCAAGCAGCGCCGAAUGAUUCCGGAGAUUCGCAGACUGUUGUUUCCCAUCUAUGGCGCCAAGAUCACCGACCAUCAGUCUGUGAUCAGCCCUGCGAUCAGACCACCCGUUCCUGGCAUGGGCGGCGUCAAUUCAUUCUUCUUCACGCACCAGUGGUCGGAGCAACGCGAUCAGCAGAUGAGCAGCCUCAAUCCCAUGGAAGCCGAGAUGGUCGUUGGCUUGUUCACUCACCUGGUGUACAAUGGCAUGGAUUCCGAAGACAUUACCGUCUUGACCUUCUACAACGGCCAGCGCAAGCGCAUUCUUGCAGACCUCCGCCGCCAGCUGGAAGGCAGGAAGUUCAACGUCGUCACCGUUGACAGUUACCAGGGUGAGGAGAACAAGAUUGUCAUCCUUAGCCUUGUCCGUUCAAACGAAAACAACCAGAUCGGCUUCCUGAACGUCGACAACAGAGUGUGCGUUGCUCUGUCUCGCGCUCAAUGUGGCUUCUACAUCUUCGGCAACGGCCUCUUGCUCCACCGCAACAGCGCGACUUGGAAGUCUGUCAUUGAGAUCAUGGCGGCCAAGAAGCACGACCAGACGAAGGCCAUUCGCAAGGACAUUCCUCCAACCCAGCCAGUCCGAAUCGGCUCCAGCUUCCCCGUUCGCUGCUCGAAUCAUGAUCGCCUUGUCGAAAUUGAAGAGCCGGACGGCUGGGAGAAACUGCUCGGAGGAUGCGAUCAGCCAUGUGGUGGUACUCUUCCCUGCGGCCAUCCUUGUGAGCUCGUCUGCCAUCCAGUCUCGCACGAGGAUGUCAACUGCGCCAAGUGCCGCUCGAAGCAGCGCCCACAGGACAAUGCCAUCGGAGUCGAUCCAAGGCCAGGCGAGAAUGUGCUGCUCGAGCCGCGUCCAAGCACUGGAUCCAAGACUUCUGUGUCCAAGUCGACGGAUUCGUGGAAGGCGUUCACUAACGACGAGCCUGCACGAGUUCAGAAGCACAUCGACUCAUACCAAAGCAACGACGCGACCGCGAACAUGCAGCGAAUGAAUCUGGGAUUCGACGGCGCAGCAGACGUCCCCAGCCGCUCAUCUUUCGGAGGUGCGCGCGUGCAGUACGUGGACGUCUUCAAGAUCGGAGGUAACGAGGAGGAGCAUGGCAAGCAGGGCGAGGAUUGGUCGAAGGAGGAUAGCUUGCUUGACUGA